AUGCUCAAACGAGUGGUUGAAUUUGCCAAGACAAUAGAAGAUGGUAGUAUAGUUUUAUUCUAUUACUGUGGUCAAUGCCGUCAAGUAGACGGUGCGAACUAUUUAAUACCUACGGAUGACGAUCGAAUGGAAUCGGAUAUUGUUGCCAGCGAAAUGGGUGCAAAUGCUGCAAGUAUAUUGAGGAAACUAACCGACAAAAAUGAAUCUGGCGUGAACAUUUUUAUUCUCGAUUGUGUUAAACAAUACUUUUACAAUUGCGAGUCACCAUCAAACUCUCAUCGGCUACCGAAAGGUCUAAAGACAAUAACUUCAUCCAAUCCAGUUUUCAUUCAAUUUGCUUGCGGUGCUGGCAAGAUUGUUUCGGAUAAUCGAAAGAAAAAUCAAGAAAAUUUGUUUGCUGAACAUCUACUAAACAACAUUGAUCGAGAAGAUGUUCCUAUCAUUGACGUGUUUCAAAACAUCGCUGAAAACGUUAGUCAGGAAAGCAAAGGUAAACAACGCCCAUUCUUUAUGAAUGGAUUACAACAAUACGAUCAAGUUUGUCUCUAUACAAUGCCAGAUGAACAAAAAAUCAAAGAUUGCAACGUACGGAUUGAAGAAUUAAACGAUGAAUUGGAAGAUAUUGCUAUUAAACAACCACAAGGAAGUGGUUCUUAUAACCGUGAUGCUAGUUGCCGUCUUGGUGAAAUUCGAGCACUAAUUCACAAGUUAAAAAUCAGACGCCAAAAUGCCAUUCAGCGAAAAUAUUCCACUCUGCCUGCAAAAUGA